CCGCCCUUCCGGCGGCAGGAUGCGGGGACGCAGCUUGUAAACGCCGGCGGUUUAGCGGGGAUGGCUGCCCUAGCGGUGUCGGCGGGCGGGCUGUGGAGGCUUGGUGCGGCCAGGGCCGAGGGACGCUGGCGUCGGCUGUGUGGUGCGGGGCUGCUGCGGGGCUUCCUGCAGCCGGCCUCGGGCGCUGGGGAUGCGGCCCAGAGGCGGCAGGUGGCUCACUUCACUUUCCAGCCCGACCCGGAGCCCCAGGAGUUCGGACAAACUCAGAAAAUGAACCUUUUCCAGGCAAUAACAAGUGCCUUGGAUAACUCAUUGGCCAAAGAUCCUACUGCAGUCAUAUUUGGUGAAGAUGUUGCCUUUGGUGGAGUCUUUAGAUGUACUGUUGGCUUGCGAGAUAAAUAUGGAAAAGAUAGAGUUUUUAAUACCCCAUUGUGUGAACAAGGAAUUGUUGGAUUUGGGAUUGGAAUUGCAGUCACUGGUGCUACUGCCAUUGCAGAAAUUCAGUUUGCAGAUUAUAUAUACCCUGCUUUUGAUCAGAUUGUUAAUGAAGCCGCCAAGUAUCGAUAUCGCUCUGGGGAUCUUUUUAAUUGUGGAAGCCUCACCAUCCGUUCCCCUUGGGGCUGUGUUGGCCACGGGGCUCUCUAUCAUUCUCAGAGUCCUGAAGCUUUUUUUGCCCACUGCCCAGGAAUCAAGGUGGUUGUACCCAGAAGCCCUUUCCAGGCCAAGGGACUUCUUUUGUCAUGCAUAGAGGAUAAAAAUCCUUGUAUAUUUUUUGAACCUAAAAUACUUUACAGGGCAGCAGUGGAACAGGUUCCCGUGGAACCAUACAACAUCCCCUUGUCCCAGGCUGAGGUCAUACAGGGAGGAAGUGAUGUUACUCUAGUUGCCUGGGGCACUCAGGUUCAUGUGAUCCGAGAGGUGGCUUCCAUGGCUCAAGAAAAGCUUGGAGUGUCUUGUGAAGUCAUUGAUCUAAGGACUAUACUACCUUGGGAUGUGGAUACAGUUUGUAAGUCUGUGAUCAAAACAGGGCGACUGCUAAUCAGUCACGAGGCUCCCUUGACAGGCGGCUUUGCAUCGGAGAUCAGCUCUACAGUUCAGGAAGAAUGCUUCCUGAACCUGGAGGCUCCUAUAUCAAGAGUGUGUGGGUAUGACACUCCAUUUCCUCACAUCUUUGAGCCAUUCUAUAUCCCGGACAAAUGGAAGUGCUAUGACGCCCUUCGAAAGAUGAUCAACUAUUGACUGCACAGAAAAACUGGAAGAUUAUGACUAGAUACGGAAAUAUUUUUCUGAAAUUUUAAAUAUUUUCUCAGAUUUAUCUCAUCUUGAAAAUAGAAUUUUUACAAAAUGAAGCAUGAUGGAUAUGGUUGAAAAAUUAUAAAUUAGUUAUUGUAUUAACACACAUGAAUUGAUUUCUAUUAAGAGUGUUUCAGAGUAACUUUUUAAAAUGUUCCAUGUGCUAGUCUUAUACAUUCUGCUGAUUACAUCUGUAAAUACUGGGUGUGGAAUAGUAUUCAAUAAAGCAAAAUCAGAUUGGUC